CUUUUGUAUGAUGCAGGAUGGCUCAUAUAAAUUUAGAAAAAGUUUUCCAUCGUUUUCACAUGGAGGUUGGUCACCAACGCUAAGACGGCGGUGGCCACUAUUACUCAAACAUAAAAUAUUUGUGUUCUGCAUCCCUGAAACAUGCUUUCAAGAGGACUAGCUCAAUAACGGUUAUGUAUCAAUACAUUGGAAUUGAAAUUGAAAUAAUUGUAAGCCCUAGAUCGCUUAUUAAAUCGCUUAUUUAUUUGGACUUAAUUUAGCCACAAUUGUAUUUAGGGUGAAGUAUAAUUGUAUUUUUUUCGUGAAUGAAAAAACAUUUUAAAUUUGCGCUCUAUUCUUUACAGUAUACAAAGACAGUGAUAAAUAUUUAAGCAGUCCUAUCCAAAGGCUUUUGUGAUGAUAUGAUAACCAUUUAAUGAUAGCCUUUAAAAGUAGAGACAGUCCUUUUAAUUUCGCUAUAAAGAAAGCUGAAGGAUUUAUAUAAAAUAUUUAGAGUUAAAAUUGAAGAUCGUUAUCGAGGAAUAGGAAAUUGGCUUGGAAAUUGGUUUUCAAAGUUUUUUUUUAAUAUUUAGUUCAUAAAAUUACCAAUUACGAUACUCUCUGAAUAAUGCGUCGGUAUAUUUAGAUGAGAAUGAGCAGUCUAAAUGAUCAUUUCAAUUAAUCUCUUAUGGCAUUUCAAGUCUCGAAAAUUCUUCUAAACUGCCGCUAGAUAUUUUAAUACAGGCACCCUGUAUAUUAACAUGUUUGUUUAUUUGUUUACUUAUUUAUAUUUAUGUAAGUCAAACUAUUACAUCCUGUGCAACUUUUCCUGUCUAUGUAUAUAUACGAAAUAUGUUUGACUUUGGCGAAACAAUUCGGCUUGAUACCACAAAAUUAGCAUUUAGUGUUUGAACAGUCUAAAUUUCAACACCAUCCAUCAAUAUUUUGGUGAUGAUUUUAAUUUCUGAGUAAAUAAAUGUAAAGUUACAGACUUAUUGUAGUGGAUUUCGGGGUUUUGCGAAUAGGAAGUGCCCGAGGAUGGGGGAAGAUAGUUGUGAUUUUGCUAUAUAUGAACUAUAUAUAGCUGAAUGAUUCGGCGGUAUCCAUUGUGAUGUUGUAUGAAUUAAUAUUCGGUGGGCUACCGUUGCAAAUUUACAGUGUAACACCUACAAUGUGAUUGUGUAAUAUAAGUUUAUUAAUGGUUGGUGAGAUUUUGAUUAGGGCGCAGUCGCAACAUUGGGAUUUCGCGCAAUAUUCGGAAUUCGACGAUGUGAUGCAUUUACUACCGUGUAAGUGUCACACUCUUAGUAAAGCCUGGAGUGUUCAGUUUCCUUGCCAGGACGCUGUCGUUCAACCUCGCAGCGACUACAGAACACUUUCACCGCUUGUAAUCUUUUUUCAAGAACCUGCAAAUUUAUCAGACAGUGUAUCGUGAGGCAUCACUCGUAAUGGACUCUGUCGGACAACAAGAAAAAAUUCUAUUGAGAACUAUUGCAGUAAUUUCAGAGGGAAAAAUCUUCUGCCUGUGACUGUGUUAGAAUAUUCGCGAAAUGAGGAGAAAUAGGACACCUCAAUCAAAUUAUCGAGACUGUUUUUUUUUGUACGGAGGCAGGAGUUUUAGGAUAAACGAAUAAAAAAACACAGACUCGACGGCAUAAACUAUUUCGAGUGAAAGUGCAAAAUGAUUGGAUAUUGCUAAACCUAGCAAUUUGUACAUCUGGCUCAAUUAAAUUGUCCAGAUUUAUUGAUUGAAAAUGAGUUCAAUUGAGUGUAAAACAAAUGUGUCCCCUGAAUUCAAUAAAAAGAGGUGAACAAUUCCGUGUUUCUGAAAUAAUCAUGUUACACAUUGUUAAGUGAAUUAUCGUCGUCACAAUUUCUACGUUUUUUUUUCUCGUGAUAAUACCCGUGAUACAAAUGCAACUUUUCACAUUGCAAUGAAAACCUGUGGAUAGUGUUAUUAAUCAUAUUUGUAGUCCACCACUUUGGAACUAAGACAUAAAGAAAAAUAUGUGAAUAUUGUAACUUUUCGUGCUGUAACGAAAAAAAAAACACAAGGAGAAAAUAACUUUCGUGUCACACAUAAUCAUUCAAGUUCACAAGUUCAAUGGAAAAGCAACGCCGUAUAAGAGAACCCAUUGAAAUCUACCUCAGCAAUUAGUUAAAUGGAAAUGUUGAGUUCAUUGGAUGCUCUGGCGGGAAAGAUCUCUCCUGGAUCAGGAAAAAACAGUCCAAAUCAGCAGCAGGUGGACAACAAUGCCAACAAGAUAAUCCCCAAUAUUCAUCCAUAUUCAAAGCAGGAGCAAGCCCAUGCGAGAGACCAUGGUAAUAUGAACAAUGGCGGCAAUUCCAACAACAAUAACAUCUCAAUUGCCAACAAUAACUACGGACUGUCUGACAAGGACUUUUCAACUGAGAGUCAACCGAGCGAGCAACCAGAUCCCGAUUACAUUAAGAUGUUUGUUGGACAAGUACCCAAGACUAUGGAUGAAAAUCAACUAAGAGAGAUGUUUGAGGAGUUCGGAAGAGUUCAUUCAAUUAAUGUUCUUCGUGAUAAAGUUACGGGUGUGAGUAAAGGGUGCUGUUUUGUGACGUUCUUCACCCGAAAAGCUGCUCUCAAAGCACAAGAUGCACUCCAUAAUGUGAAAACACUUGUUGGGAUGCAUCAUCCUAUUCAGAUGAAGCCAGCUGACAGUGAAAAUAGAAAUGAGCGGAAACUAUUUGUCGGAAUGCUAAAUAAGAAGCUGAAUGAGGACGAUGUGAGACAAAUCUUUGAUCAACAUGGCAAAAUUGAGGAGUGUACUGUGCUGCGGGACCAGAAUAAACAAAGUAAAGGUUGUGCCUUUGUCACAUUUGCCACAAAACAAUCCGCAAUUUGCGCUAUAAAGGCUUUGCACCAAAGUCAAACAAUGGACGGAUGCUCAGCACCUCUCGUGGUGAAAUUUGCAGAUACGCAGAAGGAGAAGGAACAGAAGAAGAUUCAACAGAUGCAGGCUAAUCUGUGGAAUAUUGCUGCUGCAAAUAUCAACAUCCCACUAACGCAGGCACCCACAACUGUGACUCCACCAAUUUUGCAUAAUCCACCACAGGCUCAGAGUGCCCUGGCCCCUGAUACCAUUUCACCAGCAUCCCUGCAACUCCUGCAGCAAUUGCAGACGGUUGGCCUUCAGCAGCAACUUAUACAAGCCGGUGAAGCUCAUCUUGUUCAGCAGAAACUCAACUAUCUCGCGGGACUACCGACUCAGCCUGAGACUACAGUCACAACAGGACUACUACCAUCGAUGACCGUGCAAAAUUUGGCUGCACUUGCCGCAAUUUCGCAGCCUUCCCUCACCCCAACGCAGCAUAAUCCCACUGGACAUUUGACUAAUGCAGCAGCAUUGCUAUGGGCUGAUCCAUCAUCCUUAGCGACACCCUUUGUCUCAACGGGGAUUUCUCAAUUUGGCGGAGGAGGCAUAAGUAGUCCCCUGUCGAGCAUCGCAAUCACCUCAGCUGCGGCUACUGCAGCAGCCGGAAAGCAAAUUGAAGGACCUGAAGGAUGCAACUUAUUCAUCUAUCACUUGCCCCAAGAAUUCACAGAUACUGAUCUAGCAUCGACUUUUUUGCCAUUCGGCAAAGUGAUAUCGGCUAAAGUUUUCAUUGAUAAGCAGACAAAUUUGUCAAAAUGUUUUGGUUUUGUGUCAUUUGAUAGUGCUGAAGCUGCCCAUGCGGCCAUCAAAGCCAUGCAUGGCUUUCAGAUUGGCACGAAGCGUCUCAAAGUACAACUGAAGAAACCGAAAGAUGCAUCCAAGCCCUAUUAGUCAAUGAUGGUCGUCUGGAUAUAAGAAAGAAAAAAAAACUCAAUAGAAAUUGAGUUUAAUCGUGAAUGAAGAAGCGUCUUUUGUAUUUACAUUAAAAGACAAUGAAUGUAGAAUUGAGAGACAGUUUAAGGAGGAGAUGUUGUAUUUUUUAAAUGGAUUUUUGAACAUAUAUUUCAGAAAAUGUGAAGUAAAAAAAUGAAAUAUCGUCAUUAUCGUAAAAUUUGCCAAAAUAUUCAUUUAAAUUCAAUUUGUAUUUUGUUUCCUAUAUGCGUUACAUGGAUUAUACAAUUUUUUAUAAUGAUUUAGAAGAGUUUUCCGUUACAUUCUGUAUUUUCACCAUAUUUUUUUAAUUUGGAAUUACUGUCGAAGAGAAAUUGUAAAACGUUGAAAUCCUACCAGUGAAUUAUUCACUAAAAAAGUUGAAAUGAAUUGAA